AUGGAAUUGGCUGCUCAACAAAUGGGUGUUGAUGUUCUUAUUUCUGGUCAUACUCAUGAUGGCAUAUUCUAUAUAAAUCCAGGUUCAGCGACGGGCGCAUUUUCAUUAAUCAAAGACAAAGUCAUCCCCUCAUUUAUUGUAUUGGAUGUUCAAACUGAUGUUAUCAUUGCCUAUAUAUACAGACUUCUGGAUGAUGAAGUGAAGGUUGAGAGGUCUCAAUUUAAGAAGAGUGGACAUUCAAUUGGUUUUACUUAA